AAUGUGCUCCUACGUCGGAGAAAUUCCUUGUUGAUUUGCUGUGGUCGGAAGAUGCCGUUUUCUUGGAAUUAUUGUUGGCUACCAUCUGCAUUACGGUUGCUUUGACAAUUUUGAGGUUUGUCAUCAUCUUGCCUAAUUCUACAUGAUUACUCUCUGACUGGUGCUUGUCACUUCGGCUUAUCCUGAAGCUUUAGUUGUGGGGCCGUUUGGUACAUGUAUGUACCUUCUUCUCAAAUCUUAGCAUCUAAGUAUGGUUAAACAGGUUGAGUUUUGGUAUUUGUGGAUUUACCUCUCCAUUGGGUUCCUGCUACCUUCGACUGUGGUUUCAGAGGUUCCCUUAGGUUCAAAACUUUCUGUUGAAGAUAAUAACUUCUGGGUCUCCUCCAAUGGGGAUUUCGCACUUGGGUUUUAUAACAGCUCACCUCAGUCAUUUCAGUAUAGCGUCGGCAUCCGUUUCAAUUCGAAAUCUAUUCCUGCUUAUGAGCAAAAGGUGGUUUGGGCUGCUGGAGCUGACAUCAUGGUUGGAAACAAGUCUUAUUUUCAGCUCACCCAAGAUGGAGAACUCAUCCUGUUUGAUUCCUCGGUAAGCACCAUCGCUUGGAGCAGUAAAACAAGUCAAUUGGCGGUAGUUUCGGCCGUUCUACAUGAUAACGGCAAUUUUGUCCUUCUCAAUGACAAGGGGGACAGAGUUUGGCAGAGUUUUGACAGUCCAUCUAACACACUUCUCCCAGGGCAGACAUUAUCGGUCUUUGAAACACUCAGAGCACAGAAGGUGAAUUCAAUGUCUAGUUACUACAGCCUCUAUAUGAAUGAGUCUGGUCAGUUACAACUGAGAUGGGAGUCUGAUAUCAAAUAUUGGACUUUUGGAAGCGUUUCGAAUUCAAAUGUUAGUGCUGUCCUCAUGGCUAAUGGAGCUCUGCUGCUUCUAAAUGAGUAUUCAAGGCCUAUUUUUUCUCUUUUCGGGGAAGAUCACAGUGAGACCGUGAAAUUUCGAUUUCUCAGGCUAGAUACUGAUGGUAAUCUACGUAUGUACUCAUGGAGAGAAGCUUCAGCCGCUUGGAUAUCAGUCUGGCAAGCGGUUGAUAAUCAAUGCAAUGUAUUUGCAACUUGUGGGGAUUAUGGAAUAUGCUUUUUCAACAGUUCAGGCUUACCUGAUUGUGUGUGCCCAUUUAAGUCUGGUUCCGCGACUUACCCGAAAUGUCUGCUUCCGAAUCAGCAGGGAUGCAAAUCUGGUUCUAUCAUGCUUUCUUAUGAGCAUACUUUUCUUCAUGGGAUGUAUCCAGUGAAUGAUUCAGUUGUCCUAAGUAGUCUACAGCAAUGCAAAGAUUUGUGCCUGAAGGACCCACUCUGUACAGCUGCAACAUUUACUAACGAUGGAUCGGCAGAAUGCCUAGUCAAGACCUCUCGUUAUAUCACUGGUUAUACGGACCCAUCUUUAAGUUCGAUAUCUUUUGUUAAGAAGUGUUUGGACCCAAUUGCCGUUGACCCAAUUCGUCCGAGACCGUCUCCGGCGCCUAUCCCUGUCAACAAAUCUUAUAGGCUUUGCAUUCCUUGUCUUGCCGGAGCUGCAUCUGGAACAUUCGUUACAGUUCUUGCAAUUCAGUUGGCUGUCGGGUUCUAUAUUUAUAAAAGGCGUAACUGGAUUUGGAAGAAACCCGCAUUGGCCUAUAAAGAUCCUUACUCAAAGAGCUUGCUUGUGUUUUCAUUCAUGGAGAUUGAAGAACUCACUGGAAACUUUAAGCAUCAGAUUGGGCCGAAGAUGUACAAAGGCAUGCUCCCAAAUAGGCAGCCUGUUGCAAUUAAAGACGUGGAGGCAACUGUGGCUGAGAGGAAGUUUAGAGCUGCAGUCUUGAGAGUGGGAAGCAUUCAUCACAAAAAUCUCAUAAAGUUGGAGGGCUAUUGUUGCGAGUCUAUUCACAGGUACUUGGUCUACGAAUAUGCUAAAAAUGGCUCUUUGGAGAAGUACAUCGAAGACCCUGAGCUGAGUAAGAGAUUAACUUGGAAGAAGAGAAUGGAAGUGUCUUUGAGCGUGGCAAAGGCACUGUCUUAUUUGCACUUAGAAUGUAGAGACUUUAUAAGUCACGGGAACUUGAAAUGUGAAAACAUUGUGCUGGACGAGAAUCUAGAUGCCAAGGUCUCUGAGUUUGGGCUCUCAAUAAUUCACAGUGAAGCACUAAGCCCUGACAUAUCGGCCGAGAGUGAUGCGGAGGAUUUUGGGAAGCUGGUGGUUGCUUUGGUCAGCGGAUGUCGAGAUCACAAGAGCGUGAGUGAGUGGGCUUACAAUGAAAUGAUGGUUGGGCAGGUAGAGAAGGUGGUAGAUAAAAGAAUAAAGAGCGAGGUUAGCUUAGAAGAGUUGAACCGGGUCAUGAGGAUUGCAUUUUGGUGUUUACAAAGCGAUGAACGGUUGAGACCAUCAAUGGGGGAGGUUGUUAAGGUGUUGGAGGGUACUUUGACGGUUGACCUCCCACCACCUCCUUUUUCUCACGAGAGGCCAUUGCAGGAAGAAGAAUCUUCCAGGUCUGGCUCAGAGUCAUAGAAAUUUGUUGCCUCUGAAGUUUUUUCCCUUCUUGCUUCUCUUUUUUGUGGUAGGAUUGACUAAGCUUUUCAGCUGGAAUUAGGCCUCUGAUUGACUUGCCCUUGUUGGGUGUAUAAGAUCUUUGUAUAAAGCAAAUGUGCUGAUAUCUCUUCUCAA